GAACUAUUAACUGACAUGGGGCGGUCCGGUCAUUGCUGAGCGCUCAUAAAAGAAGUGCAGACCUGUUGCACCUCAAGUGGACGGCAACAUUUCUUGUGAAAUCCCCUCUGCUUUUAUGGAUUCCAAACUCUCUGCAGAUGAGGGAGACACGGAAAGUAUGGACCUGGACAACGUGAAGGCACUAACAGAAAAACUGAAGUUAGAGACUCGCAGACCUUCUUAUCUGGAGUGGAAGAAGAGGUUGGAGAGCGAACCAUGGAGGGAUACGACAAAUCCAACUUUUUCACAGAAACAGGAACCUGACACUGCAGCUCCGCAUCGUAACAAUCCACGCGCGGUCGCGCGAAACAUCUGUGGUUUCGACACUAUUGAUGACGCAUUGCAGUUUCUCAGAAAAGAGUUGAGGGAGAUGCAAGACCAGGACCACCACCUGGCCCGUCAGUUGAUCCGUCUCCGUGCAGAGAUCAAUAAGUUGAAAGUGGAGCAGGUUUGUGAGCGCCACAAGGAAAUGCUGGACGAUGCAACGUACGAGUUGGAGGAGUGCGGUGAGGAAUCCGAUCUCCUGUGUGACAUCCCUAUGAAGGCCACUUUCACUUUGUCCACCCCACUGAAACACCUGGGCCUCACCAAAAUGAACAUCAACUCCAGACGUUUCUCAAUGUGUUAAAAUCUCAUUUCAUCUUCCUGAUGAGUAUUAAGUUACAGUUGCCUACACUCAAAGGCUGAGCCCUAUUUACUCUUUGGGAGGUCCACACUGUCAACAAAAGGGAGCAUCGCUGUAAGGUAUUUGCUGUAUGCAUGAUGACGUGAAUACGUGGCCAGUGCACAGUCAUGUACCUUACAUAUAGAAAACUCAGAUGUUCUAUUACACUGGAUCACUAAACUUUAUUAGGUAUGAUCUGCACAAUAUAAUGAUAGCAAAUUAUUCCUUUUCCAAACUAUUGUAGUUAUUUUUUUUUUUGCCACUGUGGUUAUAGCUUGCAGAGGUUUACAAUUGCAGCACAUCAUACUACAGUGAUCCCUCGUUUUUCGCAGUUAAUGGGGACCAGAACCGGCCGCGAUAAGUGAAAAACCGCGAAGUAACUCACCCCCUCGACCCCCUCAAAAAAAUUUUUUGUUGAUUUUUUGGGGGGGGAGGGGUUCAUAUAAGACAUGUUUUUUUUUCAAAGUAGAAUACAAAAUAUAUUAAUGAAUGGUUUUCAAGCACUUCAAAUGUACUGUAUUGGCCCAAAUAUAAGACGGUGUUUUUUGCAUUGAAAUUAGACUGAAAAAGAGGGGGUCGUCUUAUAUUCGCGGUCUAGACGUUAUACCCAUUUACGAAACUAGAUGGCGCCAGAUAUCAUUGAAGCGAUGUUCUGUCAUGACCAGGGGUCGCGUUAACCGAAUAUUUUCCGUCGUGGACCGGUUUUUUAAAACGGUGACGGAAAAAACUGAAGUCCAUCUGGCAUUUUGACAGGUUGCAAUUCACACCCCAGACCACAGGGUGGCGAGUGAGCAUAUUAAUUAGCUAUUGUCUCUCUUGAUGCAUGACGUCGUUGGCCUUACUCGGAAAAAUGUCAAGGCAACUGAGUGUCCGAAGUUUCUUCAAAAAGCCCCAAAACGACGAUGGUGUUGAUAAAAGAGGUGAAAAACAGGGACUGCACAAGCGGGCAUGCAAUUCAAGUCCAUGCGCACCAGGAGGAAGGUGUAAGACUCCGUUCAGGCCACAGCAGGUGAAUUGUUAAUUUCAUUGUUCCAUAUGUAGCCUUACCUACUGGGGCCACAGUCAGCUGUUUUUGUCACUGCGGAGAAAAAGUUACAUAUUCAUAUGCUUUAUGGCACGGUGUGGAUUCUGUUAAGCUUGUUCGGACAGAAUAUUGUAGCGUCACCAGGGUCUGGCGGCGGCACCGUGAUUGACACAUCAACGCGAGGUUCUUAUUGGUGCACCCGGUGUGCCAGCGCGUCAUCCAAUUGGUGGACUAGAUUGCCGCCUGUGUAUAUAGUUGCCUCUUUUUCUUUGGGGGCGGAGUUGUUGUUUUGUUGGUGUUGCUGGCGGUAAGCAGAGUAAAAAGAGGGAGAAAAAUACCGCGACUUCUGUGUCUAAUUUUUCGCCGCCAAGCAAGCAUUACAAUAUUAUUUAAAAAUGAAUGAAAACUAAAUACAAUUGAAUAUGUCAUUAUUAUCAUUUUACAAAUUUAAGUGACGGGUAAAAAUAGAUUAUGACCGGAUUUUUAUGACCCUGUCAGUCAAAAUGACAGACAACGAAAAAGUCUAGCGCAACCUCUGGUCAUGACAGAUCUCAGCUACUCUCAAGUUUAACCAGUUUGCAUUAUUUUAUUGCAAUGUUUUUCCUUAUUCAGAUUUGUUUCAAGACGACAGUUACAGUUAGAUUUCACUUUGAUGGUUAAUGCAGUUAUUGCAAUUUUGUUGUUUUAUCACAACAGAUUGGUUUAUUUACAUUUCAAAUUUCAGAAGCCAUUCAUUUACGAAUGUGAUUGCACUUUAGUUUACAUAUCUAAAUGUUCAGAUAUUAAGAUUUGAAUGAGGCAAAAUAACAUGCUUUAUCUCUCAAAUAUAUUGUUAUAAUCAUUUGUUUCGGAUGUACUGUAAUUAUUUUCUGAAUGAAAAUUAAUUUGGUGUUCAAAAAGUCUUUUUUUCAAACUUGAGUCUUGAAAAAGAGGGGGUCGUCUUAUAAUCAGGGCCGUCUUAUAUUCGGGCCAAUACGGUAAUAAUUAUUAAGUUUUAAACGUGUUACUGUCCCACCGAAUGAUUUUUUAACAAGAAUAAUGUAGUAGAAAAAUGCUUGGCUUUAUUAGGGGCAGUUUACAUGGUAACGCCCCGAGAAUAAGACAAAUUUCAUGUUUGCAUUUAUAUAGUUCCGUCUCCAUCUGAACGAUGUCCGCCUAAAAACGAUGUAGUAUUCAUGCCAGGCCGUAGGGGGCAGUGCAGAUUUACAAGGCGACAGCCAAUGAUGCACUUCCUUGACACCAACAACCUCCUCAACACGGAAGACAACAUACCCGCCCACUCCAAGCAAUGGCAUUUUUCUUUUGCUCUAAGAGGCACAAAAAUGCAAACAUUAUUCAACAUAUUAAAAUUAAAAAUAUUGUUAAAAACAGUAAAUUAAAGCCGAUGUUCCGCCAUGUUUGCUGUUUUUAAUGUUUCAUGGCAGCGCUGCGCACACCUAAGUGAUGUGUACGAGUGCUGACGUCAUUGGCGUAAGAGCUUUCCAUUUGUAUGGUUGUGAAGCAAGCCACGCAAUCGAAUCCGUCCACUUUGGAGCCCGGAAUCGAAGGUUUGCGUCCUCGCCUUCCGUUUUUCGCUGUCACCAUAUAAAGGCGAUGCCAUUCCACAACACAAUUGUUGCAUCUUGGUGUCGCAGCAUCACCAUGUAAACGGCACCUUAAAUGCUUCAUUGACUGAGUUCACUCAAAUCAGCUCAAGCUGCUCACAUAUACACAAUGAGUUGCCACAGCAACUGUUUAACAAGUUAAACGAUGAUUGACACAUGUGGCGCCUUUGAAGUUUGUGUCUCUGGCAAGACCAAACACAAACAUCUGUCAAUCAUCUUUAACUUUAAUAAGCAACUCCAGUGCACGUGCACUUCCUGACGAACACAGAGCAGGGACAGAGAGGGAGGGAGCAAGAGUGAGACUACGCGAUCGGCUUGGAACAGCUCAUCUGUAUUUUUUUUUAAUUGAAAAAAAAUCCGCAAUGGACUGAGGGCAUGAAGUUUGACGCGCAGCGUAGCGAGGGAUCACUGUACUUUGGCCUUUGUGGAUGUUUGAAGUUUGAAGUCAAAAUAAUAGCUCUUAGCAUGACACAGUGAAGUUGUGUACCCCUGUUCACAUCAAAAUGAUCACCAUGUUAAGAUCACAUUUACUCUGCAGAGUGAAUAAUAAGUGGAGAUUUUUAACUUUUAAAGAUUUUAAACUUUAAACUGUGGAGUUUGUGUCUGAUCCCAUUAAGUUCUGCAGGCGGGGCUUAGGAGCAAUUGGUAAGCCUGUCUGCCUGGUAUAAGGUUCGAGUUUGAAUCCCAUCUCAAAUUUUACUUAUCAAAUCGGGGUGGGGUGGUGUUAGAGUGGUCGUUCCCCAACCCAGAGGUGUGGGUUCAAUUCUCCAUUCUGGUGACCUUGUCUAAUAAUCCUUGAGCGAGAUACUGAACCCCACAUUGCCCCUGGUGCUGCACCAUCAGUAGGUGAAUGAGGAUAUACUGUAGUGUCAAAGUGCUUUGAGUGCAUUAAAGGUAAAAAGGCACAAAAAAGUGUAACUCCAUUUACCGUAAGUCUGUCGUCCAAAUGUUGUUAACGGGUGACUGCCAAAAUAUGGUCAACGUAUGCUGCGAUAGGCACCAGCUUCCUAAUUUUAUAAACAAUUUUUUGGUAAUGGUUUUGGACAUGAAUGGUCAAACAAAAAAAAAAUCACACUCACCUGAUGCCAGCAAUGUGUUUUGUAUAGCUUAAUUCAAGGUAGUUUUCAUAGAUGCUUCUCUACAAUCAUGGUUUCUAUACAAUAAAUUGUACCACCUGCACUAACCUUGUUGGGACCCAUGUUGAUUUCUCUCACAAGAAAAUCUGACGUGCUGCCGUGUUGCGGAAAAACAAUUAUAUUGCAACGCUGUCGUAAAUCGUAUUUCGAGAAUGACAUAUUUCGAGGCAAAUGACAAGUACAAUUUUAUAUCUGAUGUCGAAAGGAUCGUAUGUCGAUGCGUUCGUAUCUCGAGGUACCACUGUAUAGGACAUAUUGAUAAAUAUCGCUUACCAUGAACCUAAGCAUGAAAAUUAUAAAUGAUUGUCCAAAUCUUUAUGAGCUUUGCCAUAGUGGCCUCAUCACAUUUGUGGGACUCCCAACAGCAUUUUGAAAUUUUCCAUACAUUUAUGACAACCCUAUUACAGGGAUAUCAUGUUUAUCAUGACGAUGUGCAAAAGGUACCAAGUUUGUUCUAUUGUUUAACAGCAUUUCUUCUGAACUUUUUUUUUUUUAAAGUUAUGUGUUAUGUUGGAUUGUUGAAACAGGCCAGAGGUGGGUAGAGUUGCCAAAAAUUAUAUUCAAGUAAGAGUAUCGUUACCUCAAAAUAAUAUUACUCAAGUAAAAGUAAAAGUAGUCAUCCAAAAAAUGUACUCAAGUACAAGUAAAAAAGUAUUUGGUGAAAAGAAUACUCAAGUAAUAAGUAACAUUGUGAGUACCUGCUUAAGAUGUUUGUUGUUAAACAAUGUUAUUUUUCAUCUACAUGAACUGUUAUUAUACUGAAAUACAAAAAUAAAAACAUUAAAUUCCGGUAAGAGUAAAACAAUCUACAGAAAUGAAGCAUUUUUGGUCAAAAGAGCAGUAGUGCCCUCUAGUGGAUCAAACAUACUUCCUAUUGUGAAACAAUCUCCUGUUUUCCGUGGUCAAUCCGUGCCUAUUAAAAACUGGGAGAGUGAUUAAAAUCUGCGCUUUUGAGUCAUGUCGACGGCGACGCUCUUUGUCAAACACUUCAUGUUUUAUACAGGCCUUUAAAGUCACCAUGUGAUUGAACAGGCCGGCGUGAUCAUAGAACGGCAAGCCUGAGUCUGAUUGGUAUAAUGGAGUCAUGUGAUUAUUAUUGCGACGUCUCUUUGGUGAAACUGGUUGAGCCACUGUUGGCGUCUAUAGCACACAAAAAAAAAAGUAAAAUCUAAUACUGUAUGUAGAAUAAAGAGGAAUAAUGUAACGACCAGUGUAAGAAUAGUGUUAGUGUUUUACAAAUCUAUUCAAUUAAAAGUAAAAAAGUAUGGCUUCGUAACACUACUCUUCAAAGUACAUUUUUCUCAGAAAGUUACUCAAGUAAAUGUAACGGAGUAAAUGUAACGCGUUUACCCACCUCUAGGCUAUUUUAAGUUUUUAUCCUUCUCUGUGUGUAAGUUAUGGGUGAAAAUGUCUUAUGUGAAAUGUCCUUGCAACUCAAUAUUAAAAGAAAAUCUCUCUACCUACUUUUGGAUAUCAUGAAUGGAGUUUUGGCUUUGACCUUCCUACCGAGAUUGCAGAACACUGACAUAUAAAUGUUUAUUAUUUGGAUAGGGCCAAAUCCUGUCUACUCCCUCAGUUAAAACAGGAGACGUUUUGAGAAUAAUGGCAUCAGGUGUCAACUUUUGGCAAUUCUUUUGAAAAUGUCCAUAUGUAAUUGUGUAUUCGUGUAAAUGUGGCUUGCGAUUGUCUAGUAAAGAGGCCACGGUGUACCUCACCUAUCAAAUAGCGACAGGUUACGUAUAUGAAAUGGAUAGAUGGAAGAAACUAAGUACGCCUUUACAGAGUGCGGCCUGUGUGCUUGCAACCGAUGACAAAUGGCACACACCAGGACACAGAUGUAUUUGUUAUAUGAUGAUUUUGAUAUAUGUUUGUCUUUAUUCAGUAUCAGUGAAAACGUGUACACUUUAUAGGUCACAGUGCUGUACAUAGGGGCUUUUUUUGUCAGUGAGUACUUUUCAAUAAAACACACAGAGACCUAAGUUUUUUUCUUGACACUCCAAUGUGCCCGCAGAUAGUUUCCCAUUGACCUUUUCCCCAGAUCUUUCCAUUGUUACUUUAAGAGCAGACGCUGAUACUUGAGUGGAAAUAAAGCACAUCACAGAUAAACCUAUCAGGAAAUGUCAUAUAAUCAGGAGUCACAUUUAACCUGCUAUGUGGUAAGACUGCUAGAAAGGAAUGGUAAGCCUCGGUAUAUCACGUGAACGCACCGGCGUCUGCUUCGCGAACGUGGGAGGUGGAAGUCGGAAAACAUG